AAGUCAUAUAUUCUCCUUGAUUUAUAGUAUGUCCUUAAAAGAAUGGACCUAAAGACUGCAUCCCACAGAGAGAGAAAAGCGGCAGAGCAAGAAGCUAAACUGUUAUCAAAGCUUAAACAUCCAAACAUCGUGUCCUACAAGGAUUCCUUUGAGUGUGACGAUGGCUAUUUGCACAUUGCUAUGGGUUACUGUGAAGGUGGAGACCUCUAUACACGAUUGAAACAACAGAAUGGCGUCUUGCUUGAGGAAAGGGCAGCCGUUGAAUGGUUCGUCCAGAUUGCCAUGGCACUACAGUAUCUACACGAACGCUACAUCCUGCACCGAGACCUGAAGACUCAGAACAUCUUCCUAACGAAGAGUAAGAUCAUCAAGGUCGGUGACCUUGGCAUCGCGCGAGUCCUUGACAAUGGCAGCGACAUGGCGACGACUCUCAUCGGAACACCGUACUACAUGAGCCCUGAACUGUUCUCCAACAAACCGUACAACCACAAGGUCUCCGAGCGUUCCGUUAGCCGUCACUUAAACCUUGACCGGUAUUCCGUAUACGUGCACAUGUGCGCGCGGGGCGUGACUAUACGUGCAUAGACAUGUAGGAAUUCUUAAAAAUGGCACCAUAUGCGUGCGUGCGCGUGCACACAAACAUGCAGAAAUAUCUAGAAAAUAAUGUCAACGUUCAUCAAGGAUGCUAUAAACUAUGAAGGUGCUUCUUAGACACUAGAUAUAGGCACAUCACAGCAAAAUUCCCACUUAAGCUGUGGGAGUAUCUUUGCAUAGAAAAAAUCAUUGCGAUUCUUGGAGAAAUGACGACGGUGAUUUUUGUACAAUU